AUGGCAAGUGACGAUGAGGUCGGACUAUUCAUUGAAGCUUGUCGGAUCAACCACGCCUGCGAUAACAACGCCUCUAGCAACUGGAACACGAAUAUCCAGAAGCACACUAUCCACGCGCCGAGAGAUAUCCAGGAAGGCAAAGAGAUCACGAUAAGCUAUCUUGGAUCCCGCUCAUGGCCUUGCGAAAUUCGACGUCAGGUUCUCCAAGAAAAAUUCAAAUUUUUAUGCUCAUACAAUCUUUGUGCUUUAUCUGCUGGGCAAUCUAGGCACAUUGACAGAGAACUCAUGGAUAUCGCUCGGAUUAUGACCCUGAUUCCAGGCACCUUUAUGAGAUAUCCGUUGCGGGGCGUCCGUUUCAUGGAUCAAGCAGUUCAGCUACUCUCUGGCAAAAAACUGGGUGUCAGCUUGUUGGGUGGUCUGUUUGUUGAAGCUUCUAAGAUGAACAUAGGUCACGGCGACUUGGCACGAGCUCGUAUCUUGGCUGAGAAGGCAACAACUUACUUGAUAAUAUCAUAUGGUAGUGACAGUCUACAAGUGCUCGAUAACCAGCAUCGAGCGAACCAUCUAUCUAUGAACAUCUAUUACGGCUUAUCAUCUCUAGAUUGGGCGACACCCGUCCAUGAUGUCCCAUCAAGUCUUGAUUCCAAUGGAUUUGAAGACUGGCUUUGGAGAAGAGAGGGACUACAGAAUUCACAAAUUUAUUUCCAAAGCCCAAACAAUCUCGCAAUUCUGGUCAAAGACAUUGAUGACACAAAUGUCGAACUCUUACUCGAAACCAAUGCACGAGGCAUAUUUCCUAGACUUCGAAAAGCGCACCUAGUUGCAAUUCUCUAUGCGCAACGCGACGGCAAAAUUACUGAACCUGAAAUCAGCCUUGAAAACGUCGCGUUACUUCAGAUCUUCCCAAUAUCGUUGUCUCACUUGAUUGCAUUAAGAGAUCUGACUCGAGAGUUCUCUUCGAAAAGAGAGACUGAUAAUCCAGAACAUGCCAUGGAUGUGGAGUCUCAAAUUCGCUCCGAGCAAACAAAUUCACUAGGUCACGCAGACCCGAAGGUGGACGGUCCGAAUGAGUGUAUCACGAUGGCUGAUCAAAUGUAUGCGAAGCGGGAUGUGCCAGGGAAAGGUUUAGGUCUCAUUGCGACUAUUAAUAUUCCUAGGGGCACACGAAUUCUUUCGGAGUCGGCACUGAUGUUAGGACCUGAAUUGAUCGGAGAUGACUUCCGAUCUUGCAUCUCAAAACAAUGGCCUACUCUCAGUCAUCAACAGCGACAGGAUUACGUUUCUUUUGGUCCUGCACAACCAUACACAAAUGACUUUGAACGGUUGUGUGCGAUUUUUAAUACAAAUUGUCUGCCUUUGAAAGGAGCCAGUAUUUUAGAGGAGGAAACCAGCAAUACAGGCGGAUCUCAAACCCGAGACCGAAGAGGCGGAUUUUUCCUCGAUGCAUGUCGUAUCAAUCAUGCUUGCGAUCGAAACGCGGGGGCUCACUGGAUUGAGAGUAGCCAAAAAAUCGCUAUCACGGCUCUGAAAGAUAUCUGCAAAGAUGAGGAAAUUACGAUGAACUAUCUUGGUCUCAAUAAACCCCGCAGAGCUCGCCGUGCGAGUCUUCAGGAAAAAUUCGGAUUUGAUUGUUUAUGUGGUCUCUGCUCCUUGCCCACAAAAGAGAGCAAGAACAGUGAUAGGCAAUUGAGUGAAAUACCCAAGUUGACACUCUUUGUUUUUGGUCGUAUCGCAGCGAGCAGACGUGCUAGACCAUUACUGGAACUUCGUGAAUUCGAUCAACUCGUCCGUCUUCAUAAUGAACAGGAAACCGGUAUUGCCGAUAUGGGGCGAAUCUAUGUGGCUAUCGCUGAGACUGUUCUCAAGUAUAGAGACUUAGCCAGAGGAAAGGUUUUCGCGGAGAGGGCAAUAUCUGACUUUGAAAUAGUCUAUGGCAGUGACUGUAUGGAAAUACAAAAAUGGGGGUACCUAGUCGACAACCCUACUGAAUACGAAUUAUUUGGGCAUUCGACAACAUGGAAAACAACAGUCGACGAAAUACCCACUGGUCUUUCUCCGGACAAAUUCGAAGACUGGCUAUGGAAAAGAGGGCGAGUGCGUUCUGUGGAACGCAUAGUCGACUUUCGAAGCCGCUCCAUUUUUCCACCAAUUGUUCACCUGCCCUUCUCAAGCAAUAGCGACUACUACGAGACCAACGAAGUUUCUUGUUCCAGGCCACGAAAUCAUUGGUGUUUCUUUGGAGAGAUUACCUAUACAACUAAGUUUGGAAAUUCAUCGUUGGCAGUCAAAGAUGUUGAUGGUAAAGAGAUCAAGCUUGCAUUCGGAACCGAAGAAAGGGGGAGAGAAUUACCACCAAAUAGAGUCAAAGUAGGAUAUACAGUUGCGAUCAUUAACGCGAAGCCCCAUGAGUUUCCAAUUGAAGAUGAAAAUUUUGGUCGAAAAAUGGGUAUUCUUCAUGAUGAUGAACUUUAUCUUCACGCUUUCUCUCAAAGAGCUAUUCGCGUUAAACGAUCAAAUCCAAGUGUUUUCAACAGAAACGAAUGGUCUAAGAAUGUGUCAUGGAUGUCAGAAAAAAUCAGCCUCGCUGUUUAA